CCAGGCGGUGACUGCCCUUGUCAACUCCAGCCUGAGCGAUCAUGGCAACGGGCUCGGGCGGGGAGCGCGCGGCGGCGGCUGCGGCGGCGGCGGCGGCGGCUGUUUGCUCCUGGGCCGAGGCGGCGGAGCGGCGGCGGCGACGGCGGCGGCACUGGCACUGGCCCCAGCCCUGAGCGCCAUGCGUCGGGGCAGCUCCGAGAGGGAGCUGGCGGCCGGGUGGGAGGCGGAGGCGGUGGCCGCUGCCAAAGCGGGGGCAGAGGCCAAGGCAGUUGCGGAGCCCCAGGCGGAGACCAAAGCGGAGGCAGAGGCCAAGGACGGGACGGAGGCUAACGCGGAGGCCAAAGCGGAGCAGGUCCGUGUGGACGCGGGCGCAGCCGGGGAGCCGGAGAGCAAGGCUGGGGAGGUGCAGCCCAAGGUCCCGGCCUCGGCGCAGCCCCGCGCAGCCGAGGAGGGGGACGUUCGUAUUUCCCUGCGGCCACUGCCCAGGCUGACCCCGGCCAACCCGAAGCCAGCGCUGGCGCGGGGCCACUGCCUGCACGGGAAGCCCAGGAGCAAGUGCCGAAGCUGCAAGCGGAGCUCGGGCCAGCGUUCCGACGAGUACAGCUGUCAGCGGCCCGUCACCGUGGACAGCUCCAAGGCCAGGACCUCUCUGGACGCCCUAAAGAUCAGCAUCCGACAGCUCAAGUGGAAGGAGUUCCCAUUUGGCCGGCGCUUGCCUUGUGACAUCUACUGGCACGGAGUUUCAUUUCAUGACAAUGACAUAUUCUCCGGCCAAGUGAACAAGUUUCCAGGCAUGUCGGAGAUGGUGCGUAAAAUUACCCUGAGCAGAGCGGUGAGAAUCAUGCAGAAUCUCUUUCCUGAGGAGUACAACUUCUACCCUCGCUCCUGGAUUCUGCCUGACGAGUUCCAGCUCUUUGUUGCUCAGGUUCGAAUGGUGAAAGAUGAUGACCCCUCCUGGAAGCCCACUUUUAUUGUGAAACCUGAUGGUGGUUGUCAGGGUGAUGGAAUCUACCUCAUUAAGGACCCCAAUGACAUCCGCCUGGCAGGGACCCUGCAGAGCAGGCCGGCGGUGGUCCAGGAAUACAUCUGCAAACCUCUCCUUAUCGACAAGCUCAAGUUUGAUAUUCGUUUGUAUGUCUUACUAAAGUCCUUGGAACCCUUAGAGAUUUACAUAGCCAAAGACGGACUCUCGCGAUUUUGUACAGAGCCAUAUCAGGAGCCCAGCCCCAAAAAUCUGCACCACGUCUUUAUGCACUUAACCAACUACUCACUGAACAUCCACAGCGGCAACUUUGUCCAUUCCGACAGUGCUAGCACAGGGAGCAAAAGGACUUUCUCGAGCAUCCUUUGUAGGUUGUCCUCCAAAGGCGUUGAUAUCAAGAAGGUCUGGUCUGACAUCAUCUCCGUGGUGAUCAAGACCGUCAUCGCCUUGACCCCAGAGCUCAAAGUCUUCUACCAGUCAGAUAUCCCCGCCGGAAGGCCCGGCCCCACGUGCUUCCAGAUUCUAGGCUUUGACAUUCUUCUAAUGAAAAAUCUGAAGCCCAUACUCCUUGAAGUAAACGCAAACCCCAGCAUGAGAAUCGAACACGAGCAGGAACUUUCUCCAGGGGUGUUUGAAAAUGUCCCCAGCCUUGUUGAUGAAGAAGUGAAGGUGGCUGUGAUCAGAGACACUCUGCGCCUCAUGGACCCUCUUAAGAAGAAAAGAGACAGCCACUUUCCAGAUAUCAAUACGGACAGAAAACAAAGAUUCUCUCCAGUUUCUGACAGAAUGUCUUCGUCGAACCUUAAGCUUUCGAAGCUUUCCAUAGUCAGGUCUCAGCAGCUUGAAAAGCCCUUAGCCAGAAAGGAAGAGCUUUUGGACAGCGAGCAGACUGGCACCCCCGACGGCACUUUCAAUCCCGAAGCCCACCUGCCCUCCAUUUGCCUCAAGCAAGUGUUCCCCAAGUACGCAAAGCAGUUCAACUAUCUGCGCCUGGUGGACAGGAUGGCCAAUUUGUUUAUCCGCUUCCUGGGGAUCAAGGGAACCAUGAAGUUGGGGCCAACGGGAUUUCGCACCUUCAUAAGGAACUGCAGACUCAGCAGCAGCAGCUUGUCUAUGGCCGCCAUAGACAUUCUCUACAUUGACAUCACAAGGAGGUGGAACUCGGUAACCCUGGACCAGCGGGACUCAGGGAUGUGUCUGCAGGCGUUCGUGGAGGCUUUCUUCUUCCUGGCUCAGAGGAAGUUCAAGAUGAUGCCACUGCACGAGCAGGUGGCCUCGCUGAUCGACCUUUGCGAAUACCACCUGUCUCUGCUGGAUGAGAAACGCCUGGUGUGUGGCCGGACUGGCCAGUCAGGGGGCCAGUCCCCCCACAGUGGCACCACUCAGGAGCACUCUCCCUUGGCUCAGCUGACAGGGGGCAACCCUCCACCCCGCCCAAACUACACCAGUAAGCUGUCCUAUCCCAGACACACCCUGUCCUGAGGGCCACUGUGUCCUCCUAGAAGAGGAGAGCACCUUCGGGGCUGGAGAGAGCGCUGGGCGUACGGGGAGCAGCUGGCUGCCGAGACUCCGGCUGAGACUCCUGUUAACUGACUCCAUGUUCUCUGCUGAGCUGUGCCUGGCCAGGCCUCCUGGUUCUCACUUGCCCUCCUCCCAGUGCCUCUGGGUCAUCCACCCUGUUUUGGAGCCAUCAGUGGACAUGUGUCAUCUAAACCGUGACAGAUGGCACCUUCUAUGCUGGGCUCAUGGGAAGCACCAACUGGGGCAAAUCUGCUGUAUUUGGGGCAUGGGGUGUGAGCGAUGCGCAGCCGGGACUGUGCCGAGGAAGCCGAGCCCCCAAGUGCAUCAUGUCUAUUUCCUCUUACCCUUUCCGUGAAAAGGGAGCGGAAAUACCACACAGGUGUCCGAGAACCUUCUAUCCCAAUCAUGUGCUACAUGGAUGUAGUUAACAGACUAGCCUCACUAUGUCAUUAGCUUGCCUGUUGCUGCAAUGUUUGGUUUGUUUUAAGUAAGAACUCAUUAAUUAAGAAGUAACUAAGAAAGGCUCCUAGAGCCUGAGAGCUGGAUGGAGCCUCAGAGAUCGUUUUGUUUGAUUUCAUUUGCCUUUGACCACAAAGCGGGAAUCUCAUGUUCAGCCCUGACCAGAUGGUCUGACUGGACCCCUGUGUACGUAGAGUGCAGGCCACGGGGCCAGCCAGUCUUUAGCAAGCACUGCCAGGGGUCGCUGAUUGCCCCAGGUGAGGGGAGAGGUCUUCAGAGGGACCUGGAUGAGAACAGCGGCCAGCAGGAGUGAGGAUACCCAACGCUCAGGACUUAGAUGUCAGGCAGAGGGGAGCCCACACUCUCCCUUCCAUGAGACCUCUUCCUUAUCUCCAUCUGUGUAGGGAAGCCUCAGAGGCAGCUGAAUCUGGACACAGGCCAGGCGGAGCCCAUUGAUGACAGGAUCUUGUAAAGCCAAGCUCUCCAGAGCAUGGUUGGAUUGGGGGGUUAAUGUGGUCCCUUUCCCCAAGGGUCCCCUUUGAAGGAUUCUGAGGGUCCUAGGAAGAGCUGGUCUUCAUGUUCCCAGUGACAAGGAUGAAAGUCUCUGAGGCCCCCGCACAGUGCCUGACACACAGUAGGACUCAGAUGCCGGGCAAGGGGGAGGGUGGUGGAAGGCAGAAUCGUGUCUCAGACAAGUUCAUGUCUGUCUUCUUCUUCCUUCCUUCUAACCUCCUGUCCUGUCUCCUGAUCCAAGUCCCCUUCACACAGACUAAGGAAGCGUUGACUCAAGCCCCAACACAGAGCCUGGCAUAUACUAAGGUUUUAAAAGUGUAUCCAGAGGAAUCACUUGAAUUCAUUCACCCCACCCCAACCUACCCCCAACCCAAAGAGAAGGUCCUUAAUCCAAGAUCUCUCCAACUGUUGGCCAGCUAUUUUAGAACAGGGUCCCUCUGCUAAUCCUUGCCCAAACCUCCUUCCUUCCAGAAGCCUCAUCCCUCAAGGAGUAAACUUGUGUGGCUGCCACCCUCUGCCCUUGGCCUGCAGCUGCCCUUCCCCGGUUGAGAGGGGCCCUGGAAUUGAGCCCUCCAGAGCCCAUGGGCUGUUCACUAAUGUCGCACACUUGUAAUGACUGCAUUUUCCCAAGCAGAAGGCAGGACAGGUGGUCUGGAAGGCAGAAAGGCAGGAUGAGCCUUCUGACAUGCCCUGAGUGCCUCCUACAAGGGGGCAUUUUAGAGGUGUCAUCCCUGCAAUUCUCCAGUCCCCUCGCAGUCACCCAAUACUGUUCUUGUUUUCAGAUGUGGACAGAAAGGCCUGGGAGGUCAUAUAGUCAGGAGUUGGUCCAGGCCUGUCUGUCGACUCCAUGUCCCUGGGUGAUCAUGAAACCAGCUCCAAAAACAGACCCCAAGCAGGUUGACCCUGACAGGGCUCACAGGCUAGUGGAAGGGGCCAGAGCAAUCUGUGUUCAUAAUUGAUCCACAGUAAGAAACAAAGUGUGAAGUCCCCAGGCUUCUCCUCUAGUCCCUCUUGGCAGAACAAAUGGACUUCCCAGCCAAAGACCCAACUGAAUGUGUCUGGGGACACUUGCCAGCUGGGAACAGCAAUGACUCUUUUAAACAAAGCUCUGACUUUACACCAUGUCUUCAAGUUGGUCUUCAGAAAGUAGUUGGCAAAAUAGAGUGCAAUUUUCGGGUCUAAAACCCACCAAGCAUGCUGGACUUUUAAAUGUGUAUAUAUCAAGAGGUUGAAUUCCAGCCACACUGUUUGGGGUGACGCAGAAACAUCAGCUGUCAUGGUGGGGAAGGUCCUCUCCCACCCCAUCCUAUCAUCUGGAGUCUGGCUGCUCCAUCCCCCACAGCUGCUGUCACAGUGUCCUCUGUCCUAAGAGGAGUCCUUUGCUCUGCACACAUGGCCCCAAGCAAGCCUCAGACCCCUGCAGGACACAGAGCCUCAGCAGUGACUAUUAGGGAAAUCAGACUACCAUUUUAUGAGGGUGGUAGUGACAAGUUGGGCCUCUCCUGCCCCCAAUACUGUAGCUGUUGCACAGAGAGGGUGCCCCAUUUUCAGGGUGAGUGAUAAAAGACUUAUCCCCCACUCCUUAGUCCCUAGCAGGAAGUCUCACUGCCUUUACCCCCUUUGGUAAUUGGCCACUCAUUUUAUAGGGUGCAAUUAAUGUGACAGCAGCAGAUGGCUCCUUCCUCCUAGAGGACAGGAAACAGCCAGGGGGCACCACGUGAGCCAACAGUCUCCUGGGCUUUGCUGUGGGAUAAGCCCACUCCUUAGAAGUGCCCUCAGGACCUACCCCCAGGCUCUCCCCCAGCCCUGCCAUCCCAACCUCCUACUUUUGUCACCCCUGUGCACACACAUACACACAAACACACAGUCCAGCCAAUCAGUCCCCUGGCCGAGCUCCCGCAGAGCUGGACACUCUAGGAGGGUGAGAGGAAUGGAUAAGAAGGCCAGGCUGAGCCCAAGCUCAGUUUGGGAUGUUCAUCCAAAUAUGACGUGGUGGAGUGGGAGGGGAGCCUCUUCAGAUGCUCAGAACUGGGACCUCCCUUUUCUACUGUGCCAGGCUCGCCCAUUUGGGGGGCCCUGGACGGCUUCCUUGGUCUUGCCCUGCUGACCUUGCCUGCUGUCUCCCCUCCAGCCUCCCGGGGACACAUGAUCAGCUUUUCUGCUGUUGCAGGCAGGCACUCUGUCCCCACAGGCCUGGCUAGAAUUGGAUGUGCAGCAGAUGCUGGAGUCAGCCCAGUUGUUAGCAAGCCCUGGCCCUUGCAGACCCCUCCAUGGACAGGCAGGGCCCCCUGGAGACAGGAGCCUCCUCAACAUCUCCCAUCUUCCCCCAGGGCCUCUGUUCACUCUCCCUAGCUCAGAUCCUACCACCUCUCUCUCCAGGGCUUCACCAGCCCCCUGCUCCAUCCUUUUCCUUCCCUGUCAGCCUGGGAGGGCAGAGCUGACUGAAAGCAGCCCUCAGCAAGGCCCUCAUCUCUGAGUUCCUUCCUUUCCUUCCAUCCUAAAGCCUGUAUGGGGACCACACACCUCAGAGUAGACUCUGCAGUACCCCGGAGCCCCACAUCCUCCCCUUGCUCCCAGGGCAAUUGUAUCUGUCUGCUGCUGUCAGGCAGAGGACCUGCUAUUUCCCACCACAGCAGGAGGGCUGCAGGGGGUCUGAGUCCUCACACUCUCCUGGCUGCCCCGCUGCCUAAAAUGGUCUCCCACUGUGGCAAACAGACAGCUUCUGAAGGUCAGCUCAAAUGUCCCCACAGCAAUUCCCCUAAAGAAUCAGCAGCUUCCUCUGUGUACUUCAGAGAACCUGGAAAGUUCCUUGAUUGCCACGCUUACCUGUGGGAUCACAGCGUUUACUCUCACCUGCUGUGAGUUCUUUCAGGGUCAAGCAGGUGCUGAAUCCACAUAGGCCCCUCAGACACAGAGCAGGGGCCCAGCAGGUGCUUGUUGAAAUAAUAGGAAUGUCCAGCAGGCCCAGGUGAGGGGACAGUGUUGCCACACACAUUCUCUUAGCUGGAGGCUGACUGACAAGUCACAGAUGUCUAAACCUUGCCAAACCAAUCGCUAACACCUCCACCCACAGCAGCUAUCCCCUCUUCUGUCCUCCCAGUGAUCCAGUGAAGGAAGAGGAUUGUUGUCAUCACUCUGUCUUCACAGUUGGGGAGCCAAGCCCCCCCAACCCUGGCCUUGACUGCACCUCCCCUCCCCCCAUCCCUGCACCUCACCUCGCCUUGGUAUCCAUUGUACAGAAGUGAUGCCCUCCUCCCAGAGAGGCUGGGGUUUGCUAGGACAAGGCUUGGGGCUAUCUGCCCCACUCCUCUCCCUCUGACCCAACCCCUCCAGGAAGGCUCUACUGGGUGUAACUUAGGUCCUGCAGCCACAUGGUGGGGGUGGCACAUCCUCUCUCACUUGAUCUUUGGGAAUGUAAGACAAGACCAUGAGAGGACUUUGCAAACCAAAGUGCCCUCAAAUGUAGUGUUCCUUCAGGCUGGCUUCCCGUUUCCUGCAGGGAAACUCUCUCCUGAGUAAUGUCAUCCAUCAAGACCAAUGAAGCCCUAACAGUCACACCUCCUCCCGCGCCCACCUCCCCUUCAUCCUCACAUAUUUAAAGACAUUCACAGGCUGAAAAAUGGCUCCUGCCCCUGCUCUGACACUGGGACUUUGCCUUGUGAUUGGCAGAGUGUUACUCCAAAAUAGCUUCAUUUUUUUUCAUCUCAUGACUAAUGUCCUAUGCUCCUUCGCCAUAGAAUUGAAAAUUGGGUUUGCAACAUCAGCAUCUGAGCACCUUCCCUUGAAGCUCAGAGACAAUGGGCUCUCCUGCAAGAGAACCUGAGUUCCCGGUGGCUGAGAGAGCACCCUGCCUGCUCAGAGGGGUAAAUGCCUCACAGUGUGAAUUAACCUGAAAUCCACCUUGCCUUGAUUGAUAUUUUUGCCAAUCUGCUAUUUGGUUUGAUGAAUGUGGGAGAAAUUUUCCUAUACAGCAAAUGAAUUUCUCCCUCAGAGAGUAAGUCAAAAAUGGUUUUCCCAAAGACAAAGGAGCUGUGAAGAAUACUCGACAUAUUCAAUUACCUUCGUCUCCACUAACCAAAAGUCAUGAUUUGUAUGUAACUAGAAAAACCGUGCAGCCUAGUGCUUCCACAUACACACAGACACGCAGAGGCUGAGUACCACCGGGCUUUGGUGUAAAGUGGCAAAAUUACUGAUGUUUUGCUGGAGCCUGGCAAUUUGCUUCUGAGUCUUAUUUAGAGAGCAGAGAGAAAAGGGCUACUUGUGGCCCUGGGGUAGCAUCACUUGCUCACUGAGAGGCUGGUGGGAAACAUCUCCUCCAACAGGAGGGUGUUUGCUAAGACUCCAACCAGGACUGUGGUCUCGGGCCAGGGAACAUUGUGUGCUCCUCACCUCCCUCCCAGGCUGCAGGGAUAGUCUCCCUUCAGAGGCUCUUGCAUCAGAAUGGGGGAAAUGAGACUCCCAGAGCAGGCCUGAGCCAUUCUGGGAAGAGUGAGGGCUGUGGACUCUGUCAUUCUCGCUAAACGACCAUGGGCCAGUGACUUCCCCUCUCUGAUCCCUGUUCCUCGCCUGGACAGUGGAGGUCGCAUCCUAAUGUAAAGAACCUGGCUUGGAACUUGGCACCUAGGAAGUGUCUUAAUACAUGUCUGCUGAGGAAAGGACUGAUCCCAACCUGCGGAAACCGGCAGCUUCCAGGGACCACACCUACCCGCACUGAUGCCCCUAACAGGAGUCUCCUGAGGAUCUGGUGAGACUCAAGCCCUCCUGGCUCUGUACUGAGCUCUGCCUUUAAGCAGCUGCCGCUCCUGCCUCUUAAAAGCCUUUAAAAAUUCUCUAUUAAAUUUUCAUGGCGCGUAAAGUCAAGGUUCUGUUACUCGGCCUCAGUUGUCUUGGUAACUUCGUAAAAUGCAAUAAUAAAACGAAGCUGAGUGUUACUAAACACGGGCUCAUUGUAUAAACGACUACAAAGUAUU